AUGUCAUCUUUAACACUGGACAUCGACAAAUCUUUCCAUGGAUGCGACCAGAACCUUGAACUGAAACUAGCUUCUUGCAGCAAUAAAGGCCUGGAUACGGUUCCUCAGAAUCUCUCUGGGGAUACCGAGGUUCUUCAAUUGUCUCAUAACAAUAUCACCAAACUCCUGAACUCCUCGUUUGAAGUAUACCCUCUAAUCAACGACUUGGAUAUUUCUUUUAACGAUAUAAGAGCGAUAGAAUCCGCCGUUUUUCACCCCCUCAAGGGCUUAAUGUGCCUGGAUCUAUCCUUUAACUCGCGUCUUGUGCUUCCAGCCACAAGCGUCUUUAUGAUGUCUUCACAGCUUUCCAUUCUCGAUUUAUCGUCAUCAAACUUGAAGUCGCUACCCGAUGACACUCUAAAAUGGAGUCCACAUCUAAAUACUGCAUAUCUGUGCGACAACCACCUCUCCUUCAUCAAUGUAAGUUCUUGUGGCAUGGCCGACGCUGUACACAUGGGUAAUAAUCGUCUAAAACACCUUACGGAGAGAGAUUUCACCUUUGUGUGCUACACUGAUACUCUAAAUCUUUUUGAAAACCCUAUCCAAUCAGUAGACCCUGAUGUGAUCGCAUCACUACAUGUUCGCUCUUUGGUGCUAGGUGGCUACCCUUUGAGUGACGAGGUGUUGGCGAACACCAUCCUCGGAAUCUCAAAAUCAGCCAUCGAACAGCUUACAAUCAAUGAUGGUUCUGUUGGUACGUUUCCUAAAGGUUUCUUUGAUCCACUGCGCGAUUGUUCUCUCUCUGUUCUGGGCUUAAAAUACAACAACCUGACUAGCCUCCAUCCUUUAGUCUUCUCAAAUUUGACAACACUCAGAGAAUUUAGUUUCAGUUGGAACAAACGCCCCAUAGACAAAAUUCAACCAGACUUUUUCGACGGCAUGAAUGCAUUAAAGGUCCUGACAAUCAACAACAACCGAUGGCUUUUUGAUUGGUUAAAUGGACCUAUACGCCUGAUACACAAGGACAAAACUAUCUGUUCGUCAGCAUCUCUGGAGCCUCUUCGUGAGAAACCCCUGCUUAAGUUUGAUCCAAAUGAACUCUGUUUAAUGAAUAAUUGUCUAUUUGUUCUUAUUCCCCUCGCCUCCAUUAUCUUGGUUGUAAUCAGCGUGCUGUUGUAUCACUACCGAUGGCAGUUGAGGUACAAACUCUUUCUCUUCAAACUGGCCGCAGUUGGGUAUUACGAGAUGCGAGACGCUCGAGACCACAAUGACUACGAAUUUGACGUGAACAUCAUUUUCUACGACGAUGACGAAGAUGACGAAGAAUGGAUUCGCGAACAGCUCCGACCGACUCUCGAAGAACGGCUUCCACAGUUUCAGAGGAACGUCUUUGGUGACGAUGACCUUGUGCUGGGUAUGCAUUACUUAGAUUCCGUCGAUUACGUGGUGAGCCAUAGUUUCAAAACCAUCAUAGUGCUUAGCAGAGCUGCUGUGCAAGACCGCUGGUUCAUACUCAAGUUCCGGACGGCCAUGGACCACGUGAGUGACACUCUGACUGAAUUCGUAGUCGUGGUUUUCCUCGAAGACAUCCCAGAUGGUGAAAUGCCAUUCUUGGUGAGGUUGUACCUCAGUGAUGGCAGACCCUAUAUCCACUGGACUGAGGACGUGAGAGGACAAGAAUAUUUCUGGGAUAAAUUGACCACAACUCUGACCAUUAAUCUAAGGACGAAUGACUUGAUCCCAAACGAGUAG